ACAACCUUUCUAUUCAGCUUUUAAGUGGGCGACUACGCUGCAUAUAAUAGGCACAUUAUAGCUUUGACCCAUGAAACUGAGAAAUGUACAAGCGUAAUGUUACAGGUCUCUAAAUUGCAGCCAAGUAUUUGCCUGUCGCAGAAGAGAGAGUUACGUCACUGAAGGACUGCCGGAAUUCCCUGAGCCCUCCACUAUCCCGGCAUCCACCGUGUUGAACUGCAGCAGAUUGACAAAGGGGAGAAAAGGAGAGAAAACAACUGGGUGGGAUUUAAACAACAAUCGCUGGCCAGCGUUAUCAAUAAGGAUUGAAAAGAGGGGUGUGCUUGUGAUGCUGCUGAGGAGCUGAGAGGAGAGGGCGACCUGCGCCGGGGAGGGACGCUACACACUUAGUGAGACAGACAGAGAGAGAGAGAGAGAGAGAGCUGGAGGGGCCGAGUGCAGCGUGUGCAAAUGCAGCAGCAGAGCCGGCAGCCAGAUCUGGUGGAGGGCAGCCUUCCUGUGUUCGUGUUCCCCACAGAGCUGGUCUUCUACGCCGACGAGCAGACGUCCCACAAGCAGGUGCUCACCCUCUACAACCCCUACGAGUUUGCCCUGAAGUUCAAAGUUUUGUGCACAGCGCCGAACAAGUAUGCCGUGGUAGACGCUACUGGAGCUGUGAAGCCACAGUGCUGCGUGGACAUCGUAAUCCGCCACAGAGACGUGCGGGCAUGCCACUAUGGCGUGAUUGAUAAGUUCCGACUGCAAGUGUCGGAGCAGAGCCAGCGGAAGGCCCUGGGCCGCAAGGAGGUAAUGGCCACACUGCUGCCCUCGGCCACUCAGGAGCCCUCCCACUCCCGGCCCCAAGAGGAGGAGCGCAGGAUGAAGGAGCAGCUGGCUGACAGUGCUUUCUUCGAGCAGACUGCAUUCCAGCAAGAGAGCCGGGCGCCAUCGGGAGGUCCCAGUGCACUGACCGUCCUGCUGGGGCUGGUAUGCGUGGCUGUCCUCAUGCUGCCCACCCUGGGGGAGCUGGAGUCCGUUGUGCCUGUCUACCUCCACUUAAGUGUUAACAAGAAACUUGUAGCUGCUUAUGUUCUAGGUCUUCUUACAAUGGUUAUUCUUCGAACUUGAGGUGCUGCAAGCACAUUGAAUGCCCAAGAAAAGAGAGGGAAAGGGAAAGGAUGGGUAGAAAAAAAAGAGGACAGACACACACAUUCUACAUGUGUUCGUGAAGGAGGGGGGGAGGGGGAAAGGGGUCAGAAUGUCUGGGGUUGGCAGGGAGGGUUACCCUCUGAAAUCAUGUUUUAAACUGUUUUUAAGAUACAAAAGGUUACAACAAACUGCUACUUGUGCAAACCAGAUGAAGAAUGUCAGCUGGUACAGGGCUGGAUGAAGCUCUGGUCCAACAGACAGAGAUGAAUACAGGGGACAGGAUGGGAUG